CGGACAUCGGGCCCGUCGUACGGUCAUGUAACGUAACACAAUACCAUUGGCUGCUGUCAAUCUAAUUCAUUCAACCUCCUCCGCUCUCUCUCCAUGACUCCAACUCCACUUGAUCUCUAGGCAGACAAUUAAUCCUGCAAUUCCUCGCGCGCACUCACGCUCUCCAGCAUACCCCCUUACUUUAACUGCUUCCCGCCUUAGGACGAUCAUGUAGCAGACUCCCCCAUCGACGCAACGAUGGUCCUUUCGCUACCUGUCCCGAGCUUCUCCAAAUCCCCAACAACAACAUCAACAUCAACAUCAACCUCCCCGCCGCCCCUCCGGCCCAACAACACCAACCAGUCCACCACCAUCAGCGAAGCCCUCCGCAACAACCCCUUCGGAAUCACCUCGCGCUCGCGUCUAAUCCCUACAUCCUCUACUUCAGCCGCAGAACAAAACCGCGAACAAGAAGAACUCAACAACGCCCUAGAAACCCUUGCUCGAAUUUUUCCGGACGUGAAGAUCGAAGUCUUUCGAGAAUUACUCGUGCGGUUUGACGGGCAGAGCCGGCUGCAUGUCUGUGUUGAGCAGCUCUUGCGUCAUAAAAAGGAAUGGGUGGCCGGCCGGUGGAAUGUUCCUGGGGAUGACGCUGAGGCGGUGCCGGUGGUUGGAGACGGGGUGGUUCCACGGAAUGAACGGUUUCGGACGGCUGAGUACAAGAUUGCCGUGAGGACAGUGCUGCUGAAAGAGUUCAGCGGAUUGAGCAAGAGUACGGUUGAUGCCGUUCUGGCGGAAGUGAAUUUCUGUUAUGUGCGGGCGAGGCCGACGUUAAGGGAUCUUUCGAAGAGGACGUGGCGGGCGACGUUUAAUAGUCUUUUUCCUUCUUUUAAGAGCAAGAAGGAUAAGGAGGAGAGUCCUUUGGUUGUGUGGCAGCGGCAUGCGAAUGGAGAGACGGCUCCCGCGGUAAAGGAGACGGGGUGUGUAGAGUUGGAUCGGGAAUUGCAUGAUGCUUUGCUGGUGCCGCUGCUGAGCGCGAGGAAAGUAGAGUGUGAGGAUCGGGAUCACAGGUUGGCGGAGGAGCUGAAUGAGGGUGAGGCGAAGGCCGCUGGUGCGCUUUACGAAUGCGAGUGUUGUUUAUCCGAUGUGACGUUCGAGCAGAUCUCGACUUGUUCGGAUAAUAUGCAUAUCAUCUGCUAUGGUUGUAUCCGGCGGACGAUUCAGGAGGCGCUGUUCGGUCAGGGUUGGGCGAAGUCGGUCGACGUGGAGCGGUCGACUCUGAAGUGUUUGACCCCAUUCGCUCAUGAUGGCUGUAAUGGGAGCUUGCAUCCGGAGGUCGUUAAACGAGCUAUCCUCCUUGACAAAGGCGGAAUUGAGACCUAUCUCAAGUUUGAAGGCCGGCUGGCCUCGGAGGCUUUGCUCAAGUCUCAGCUGAAGCUCAUUCGUUGUCCCUUUUGCUCGUACGCCGAGGUUGAUUCGGUUUAUCAUCCCUCGGCGAAGGGGAUCACCUGGCGCUUUCGCCGGGAUGGCGUCAUCUCUACUAUUAUACUUGUCGUCAUGAUCCUUGACAUGAUACCUUUACUCGUCAUCCCUGUGAUCAUUCUCUACAUCCUAGACCCUUCCACCGUUCAGAACUUCCUGCACAACUCUUUCCUAAACCUGUGUCUUAAGGUGCGGCCGAAGAGGUUCACCUGCGCAAACCCAUUAUGCCAACGCAUCAGCUGUAUAACAUGCCAGAAACCAUGGCGUGACCCGCAUGUCUGCUUUGAGCCCCUCUUACUCGAUCUACGAGCCACAGUCGAGGCCGCCCGCACAGCUGCAGUGAAGCGUACAUGUCCCCGCUGCGGCCUGUCCUUCGUCAAAUCCUCCGGCUGCAACAAACUCACCUGCGUCUGCGGGUACUCCAUGUGUUACCUCUGCCGUAAGGGCCUUAGCUCCCCACCCAAAGCCCCCCAAUGGUUCCGCCCUAGACAACGUCAACAAGAAAAUGUCAACCCAGCAAAUGAACCAGAGAACGAUGACCACAACAUAGAUGAUGAAGAAUUCGAAGAACCAGAGGGCUACACACAUUUCUGCGAACACUUCCGCAUCAACCCGGGAGCUCGCUGUACCGAGUGCAACAAAUGCGAACUCUAUCAAGAAGAAGACGAAGAAGCCGUCGCGCGUCGUGCGGGCGAGAAAGCCGAACGUGAAUGGCGCAUGCGACAAGGCAUGGCAAGCGUCGGAGCCCGGUCUUUUCAGGUCAACAGGUCCUUUUCUCGACAGAACAGGUCAGCCGGCGGGAUAUCGUUGCCAGGUCAAGGGAAGAACCUGAGCUACUGGCUGGAUGAAGUAUGGCGGGAGGGCCGGUGGAAGAUGGAAGGACAGGCCUUUGUGGAUUGGGUGGUGGAACGAGUGGUGGUUAUUGACGAGAUAUGAGCAUUUCUUUUCCGUUAUUUUCACAUUUCGGGCCUUUAUGGUUUUAAUUAGAUCGUGUUUUAAUAUCGGCGUUUGGCAUUUGGGGCACAACAGACCCGUUGCAUGGAUUUGAUGAUGUGACGAGAUAUGACAUUCCUUUGGUUACUUGACGUUCCCUUCUCUAUUGGAUUAAUAUACCUUUCUCAUUUAAGAUACAAUACAUACAUCUCCCCUUGGUAUAAGCACGGCUGUUCUUAUCCUGCGAUAGUUGCGUUUCGGAGGUGAAAUGUGGACCUGGCCGUGCGAGCUGUUAAGGCAGGUCUGCUAAUUGAGGGUUGGCCG